UCCACCAUAUAUUUAUGUUUGAAGGCCCCUUGCCCCUCUUUAAAGUCGAGUUCCGGUUCGUGCAUUGCCCAAUUUUGAAGCGUGCGACACGUUUAUUUUAUGCGGUUUCAUCGUGUACUCCAUAUGUGUGUUCUGCGGGGUUCUUGACUUAUGCCUAAUUACCAGUGACGUCGAAGCCUUUUCGAAAAAUGUGUCAGCCACGAAAUUUCUCAGUUCUCUGGUAGUUGUUAAGCGACACUCGUGUGUGACACUGCAAGUUUUGGUUGGCUUCAAAUAAUUAUCAUCUAAAGUGAGCCAAAGGAUAACGCAUAAAAGUCUGCCAAAGGAUACUCGUUGUAUGGGAAUACCUAUUUUUAUAGGCGGUGUCGCUCGAGUCUACCUGUCAUGUGCAAGUGGCCCUAACCAGUAAUCCCCUGGUGCUACUCACAACCCAACACAAUGUACAACGAACCACAGUCACAGUCGCAGUCGAGUGACAAUGGCAGCAUGGACUACAAGAAGGUGCGCUUAAAAGGACAAUCGCCCCGCAGAUCCCCUAGAUAUCUAAGCUGCCUCUCCAUCCAAGUCAUAAUACUCACCACACUAAUCAGCUUGGUUGCCUCAAAUCGCCCGCCGCGUUUCGCUAUCGACGGGCAGUCCGAGAUUGUACUGCGUUUGAAGGAGAGUCCUGAAACGAAAGUGGGAACCCUAAUAUACACGCUAAAGGGCUAUGAUCCAGAUAACGAUCCGCUGACUUUCGGAAAACGCAACUCGCACGAUAGUGAGAUCAUUCGCAUAGAGAACACGGGUGGGAAUGAGGCCAAGAUCUUUUUGGCCAAGGAGCUGGAUCGCGAGCUGCAGGACGAGUAUGCCAUAGUGCUGACCCUGACCGACAGUCACUACAGCGAUCACAACUAUGUGACGCAGAGCUUUUUGCUCCUGGUCGAGGACAUUAACGACAAUGUCCCCACUUUUCUACCCUAUCAAAACGCCAUCGAAAUACCAGAGGGCAGUGCUCCGGGCGUGGUGACCACUCUGGAGGCCACAGACGCGGAUGAAGGAGCCUAUGGUCAGGUGGUUUACUACCUGCAAGAGCUGGAUGGCGACAACGAUGUAUUCUCCAUAGCCACCCAUCAGGGCAAGGGCAUCUUGAGGUUGCAAAAGGAGUUGGACUACGAAAGGAAGAGUCUGUACCAGCUGAGGAUUCUGGCCAUCGAUCGUGCCAAUCAGGGACCAGUGAAUACGGGUACGGCCGCCAUUCUGGUGAAGGUGAAGGAUCUGGAGGAUCAGCCUCCAGAAUUUGUAGAAGUCCAGGCAGUGGCCCGAAUUGCCGAAGAUGCCCCAGUGGGCACAAAAGUGCUACGAGUUCGAGCCAUAGAUGGAGAUCGUGGAAUCAAUAACCCCAUAGCCUAUGCUUUGGAAUCCAACGAUCUGUUUGACAUAAACCCGCACACAGGGAUAGUUCACACGCUAACUAAACUGGAUCGCGAAGAGCAAAGUGAUCAGGUGAAUGGAGCCCAUAUCUUGCGGAUUUCGGCUACCGAGCUGUCCAAAUCCAAUACCCAAAUGGCACCCACCACAGUUCGCACUGAAGUUACGAUCAUAGUGAGCGAUGUGAACGAUGAGAUUCCCACAUUCGGGGAGACCGUUUAUCGUUGCGAGGUUAACGAGAACGCCCAGACCAACACCCCGCUUAAUUUCAUCGAUGAGGAAGUACAAAACGUGGUCUUUGAUCACGAUGAGGGCAACAAUGGCACCUUUCGUUUAUUUUUGGAUCCACCCAACGAUCUCUUCGAGAUUGUACCUGAGCUGGCGGUUAAUGAGGCCAACUUUAUGCUGCGGGUGAAGAACUCCAAGUCGCUUGACUUUGAACAGUUCACCGAGGUUAAUUUUACCAUAUUUGCCAGGGAGAUCGACGAGCCCAGUCGAUGGAGUUCCGCUCAUGUCCAGAUAUUUAUUCGAGAUCAGAACGACAACUUUCCGGAGUUUACCCAGACGAUCUACAAUGCCAGUGUGUUGGAGAACAGCGAUCAGGACACCAUCAUCACCCAUGUGCAAGCGAUGGACGUGGAUUCGGGGGAUUAUGGAACUAUUGGCAUUCGCUACACCAAUCUCAGGGGCGGAAUUGCUCACUUACUCAAUCUGAACCCGAUUACUGGAGUAGUAACUAUCAAGCAGGCCGGUGGACCUGCCUUUGAUCGCGAGAUAAUUUCCCGGCAUUAUCUCACCGUGGAGGCCAUCGAUAGCGCUGGUCAGGGCAACAGGAAUACGGCUCAAAUAAUUAUAGACAUCCUGGAUGUGAACGACAACGCGCCUACGUUUCCACAGCGACAAUACGAAACGAAGUUGCUGGAGAAUCAGGCCCAGUUCGAAACCCCAUUGCAACUGGAGGCCCGGGAUGCGGAUCUCAAUGGGACAGAGAACAGCCAGGUGACCUACGAGAUUGUCGAGGGCAUGUACCGCUCGAACUUCAGCAUAGAUCCACAGAGUGGCCUACUGCAACCAGUUCACAGCUUUGAUUUCGAGGAGUUGGUGGAUCGAAGCAGUCGCAGAAGUGAUCCACUCACGGGAGGAUCUCCCAGCAUUCGAGAGAUCGAUCUGCUGGUGCGAGCUCGUGAUUCCGGCAUUCCCAUGCUCUCCACAGUGGUUCCGGUUCUAAUUUACGUGCAGGACGUGAACGACAAUCCACCGAUCUUCCAGCGCAGCUUCUAUGCAAAAUCCGUGCCCGAGGAUCUGCCAGGUGGGAGUUCCGUGCUGCAGGUGACAGCCAUAGAUCGCGAUGGAUCCUCGCCAAAUAAUGCGGUGGUAUAUCGCAUCCAGACAGGUGCCAGCGACAAGUUUAUCAUUAACUCUGAAACGGGUGUUAUCUCGGUGGCCCAGGGAGCCAAUCUAGAUCCGGAUCUUACAGACAACAAGCGAUCGCUUUAUACCCUGUCAGUGAUCGCUCUAGAUGGAGGAUUGGGCAACUCCCAGCUAAUGACCACCUGUACGGUGAACAUAAGCAUUCAGGAUGUAAAUAACAAACCUCCUGUACUGACUGAAAUGCCAGCUUUGAAGAUUGUGGAGAAUACACCUGUGGGCAUACUGGUGUAUCGAAUCCAGGCAACGGAUUUAGAUCAGAAGGCCAUCCUACGGUUCAAAUUAAAUCCGGAACAUUGUGAAGGUCGGAGUGAGGAGGGGGCAUUGGUGAAAAGUAGUGAAUACGACUUCCUAGGCGCAUUUGAGGUGGAUCCCAUAGAAGGAUCGCUAAAAGUCGUCAAGCUGUUGGAUCGCGAAAAGGUGGAGCACAUUAAAUUGGCCAUAACUGUUGAGGAUCUGGCUGCUGCUAAGGGUAGGCAGAUCGUUGAAGGGUUCCUGAGCAUUCAAGUGCUGGAUGAAAACGAUAAUAACCCAAAAUUCCGUCUGCCCUUCUACCGGCAAUCUAUCACCGAGAACAGCAUCAACGGAGCAAUGAUUGUGAAUGUGUUGGCUUCCGAUGUGGAUAAGAAUCGGACUAUUACCUAUGCUCUGGAAGGUAAUCCCACCUAUCGGUCGCUGAUGCACCUCGAUUCACAAACGGGGGAAAUUGUGGUGGCGAGUAAGAUUGAUCACGAGCAGCAUCAGUGGCUCAAUUUCAGUGUGCGGGCCACCGACUCCGGAAUGCCAGCCAGAUCCUCUCUGGUGGAUGUGUAUAUCACAGUGCUUGAUGAGAACGAUAACAAUCCUUACUUUGUGGGUGGCAGCAAGAACUAUACGAUUAGUGAAAAUGCAGCUCCUGGAACUAGAGUUGCUACUUUGCAAGCUGGCGAUGCGGAUUCUGGAGACUUUGGCAAGAUCACAUUCCUGAUGGAUCGCAUCAGUUCGCAAGGAAAGUUCACCAUAGAUGCGGAUACUGGCGUCCUAACGGUGGCUGAUCGUCUGGACAGGGAAUCCAAGGACUCCUACAAUCUGGUAAUCGAGGCUUGGGACAACUACCAAUUCGGAUUUCUGGCUGGAGAAAGUCGGAAUGCCUUCAAGCAGGUUUUCAUUUCCCUACUGGAUGAGAAUGAUAAUCCGCCGGAGGUGAGUCUGCCCAGGAGUUGUGUCCUAAUCACGGAGUAUCAUGAGUUACAUGAACGAGUGGCGAACAUAGUGGGCAAAGAUGCAGAUGACCCAACUACACCAAACGGAAGACUGGAUUUUGCCAUUACCCAAGGCAAUAAAGAUGGCAUGUUUGAGCUGCGGCAGCUGGACGCUUGGAAUGCUCAAAUCUUCGCCAGCAAGAGUCUGCGCAAUAAGUUUGGAAACUACAGCCUUACUAUAACCACACGAGAUAUGGGUCUACCGGCGAAUAUUGUACACAGCACUCUGGACAUUUGUGUAUCGGAUUUCAAUGAUCAUGCCCCGGUUUUCGUAAAGCCACUUCAUAACACCACUGUUCGGAUUCCGGAGAACGCCACUGUUGGCACUCUGAUACUGCAGGCAUAUGCCAGCGAUGCGGACAUGGGUCAGAAUGCACUAGUGAGAUAUCGACUCAAGCCCGAUCCCUUGGGCAGCUACAAGAUGUUCGAGGUAAAUGCUAAUACAGGAGAGCUCUUCCUGAGGGAACUACUAAACCGUGAAAAGCAGAAGAUUCACGAGAUCCGUAUUGAAGCCUACGAUCAGGGUUUGCCCACCUCGUUGAGUUCAGAUUUGGACCUUACCAUCUAUGUGCGCAAUGUAAAUGAUUACGAGCCACAAUUUAUAGUCAACGAAAUAUCCGUUAACUUUACGGAGCACUCAGAUCCAGGGGCGGAAAGGAUCAAGCUACCCGAUACCAUAGACAAGGAUCAGCUGGAACUGGACGAUCCGAAUGAGACGCCCAGUCAGGUGUGCUACUUUAUAGUGAAUGGAAAUGAGGCGGGAUAUUUUCGACUAGAUCCCGAGACCCACAUACUAACAGUUGAUCGAGAACUGGAUCGCGAAGUGGUGGCCAACUUUACGCUCUAUGUGCGAGCCACAGAGAACUGUGGGAAUGAUUCUUUAUCCGGAGGCGAAAAACGUCGACGCAUGGGUAUCGAGAUCAACAAUAGAUUAGGAGGCUUUCUGCAUAAUCAGCAGUCCAGUUACGAUCGCUUCAAACACUCCCGACAACUGAGAUCAGCGGAGAGUAAUGAGUACGAAUCGGAGGAUGGGGAGAUGGCAUCGUAUGAGACCUAUGACGGCAGUCGGGAGGAUCACUCUGGAGCAUCAGCUAUUUCCCACCCAGAAUCAGAUAGCACUGUGGUGAAAAUCAAAGUGCGAGUGCUGGAUAUUAACGAUAAUCCGCCUCGUUUCCGUUCCAAAAUCUUCACGGGUGGUAUCACAACAAAUGCCGACUUUGGUUUAAAAUUCAUGCGCGUUGAAGCCACGGAUGCAGAUGAGGGAGAGAAUGGAAAGAUUGGAUACUACCAAAUGGGUGAAAUUCGUCAAACUCUUUCCGAAGGACUGGAGAAUGUGCGCAAGGCUCCAUUUCUUAUCGAUCAGAAAACGGGAGAAGUCCAGCUGAACUUUGACCCACAGAAGGGUAUGAAAGGGUAUUUCGAUUUUGUGGUGUUGGCCAACGACACAUCGGGCAUGAGGGAUGUGGCCCAUGUCUUCAUCUACUUGUUAAGAGAAGACCAGAAGGUGCGCUUUGUGUUCCGACUGCAGCCGGAUGAACUGCGAGCCCGAGUUGAUUCAUUUAGAGACACCCUGGGAAACAUCACAGAAUCUAUUGUAAACAUAGAUGAGAUUAAGGUUCAUGAGAACAAGGACGGUUCGGUGGACAAGACGAAGACGGAUCUAUAUAUGCAUCUAGUCGAGCGCGAGGACAACUCCAUCUACGAGGUAUCCGAGGUGCUUAAGUUGAUCGACUCGCACAUCGAAAGUCUGGACGGGCUGUUUAAGGAGCUAAAUGUACUGGACACACAGGCGGCGGAGGCGCAACUCCUGACCGCAGGACCCACCCGAGGUCCUUUGUUCGUUUGGCUGGUGUUCACCAACUUAUUUCUAGCCACUCUGUUGGUAGUCACUAUUGCACUCUGUGCCUCACAGAGAAAUGGGUACCGCAGGCAGCUGAGAGCCGCUAAAGUCAAUAUAUUCCGUGGUAACUCCUCGAUGUCCCUGCAACACACUCAGGAGCCUGCCACUCGUGUGCCAAAUACCAACAAGCACAGUGUUCAAGGAUCAAACCCCAUUUGGCUAAAGGGCUACGACAAUGAGUGGUUCAAAUCAGAGGAGACUGGCAGCAUUGGAGGCCACGACUCUCUGGAUGACAACUUCCUGGCGGUGGCCACGCAGGACAUGCACGAAACCCUGAAAGGAACUGCCAAACUAUUCAACAACAGCAACGAUCUGAAUCGACACUUUAACCUGUACAACCAAAUCGACAAGCUGACAAAUAAUGCUCAAAUCCUGGCCAGAAAAUUGGAGACCACGGAAUUAUAGCACUAAUAGUCCACAUUAUUUAUUUUAUUUAGAUUAGGCUUAGGUUAAGAUCUACUCGUAGGACCCAUGUAAAUAUUGCUAAGUGUGUGAAGGUCAAAAUACAGCUUUAGUCCUGUUAUAUCCUAUGACAUGCAAAUUCGUACAAAUUAAGAAACUUGUAUUAAUAAAACAAUAUCAG